AUGCCGACCAAAGCGCCGCCGGCUGCGAAGCCAUCGAAGAACAUAUUCGACCCCUUCAACAGCAGCGCCACGGGACAUCAACGCGCAGACAACCGCCUCUCUGGUAGCACAUCAUGGCGCGACUCGCGUAGCCUCAAACUUCGGCAGCAGUUCUCGGCGGGCGCAGGUGGUGGCAAGAGAGUCAGCGAUACAGUCGGCGCGGGCAGUCUGGACUUUGGGCUGGAUGGGAGGACAGAGAACGGCGGAUGGGUGCGGGGCGCCAAGGGACUGCGGACGGGAGGGCAACAGAGUCUGUGGGAGACUGUCAAGGUCACCAAAGAUGAGGAGGAUGAGGAUAGGCCGGCGAAGAGGGUGAAGGUGGAGGCUGAGAGGGAUAGGCCGAAUACUGUUGUGAGCCCUUUCACGCCGUUUCGCAAAGCAGAUGGGACAGUACGGGAGACGAGCUGGACGAGCCAUGAGUGUUCACCGAGCGAUCUACUGGAGCCGAUAGACCCUGCUGCCGCCACACCGGAUACUAUAACAAAGUCAGAGCCAACGAAGGACGAAGAGAAAGGGGACGAACCACCCAAACCUCCUCAAGUCUUCGCCUACUGCAACUUCUACAUCAACGGCUCGACCGCUCCAUACUCUGACCACAAGAUCAAACACAUCUUUUCAACCCACGGCGGUAACACAUCGAUAAGUCUUGGACGACGGACUGUUACACACGUAGUCAUCGGAAAGCCCAGCAAAGAAGGCGGCGCUUGCGGCGGUGGGUUGGCGAGCAGCAAGAUCCAGAAAGAGAUCACAAGCAAGUGUGGCAAUAGUGUCAAGUUUGUGAAUGUUGAGUGGGUCAUGGACAGUGUGAAGAUGGGAAAGAGGCAGCCAGAGUCGAAGUAUGAAGGCAUGAAGCUGGCGCCGAAGGGAGUGAAGGGUAUUAAUACGAUGUUCAAACCGAAGGAGAAGGAGAAAUGA